AUGGCUCUGCCCCAUGACCUGCAAAAGGCCUUGUUGUUUGCUUUGAACGACCUCGAGGAGGAAAGCUUCAAGACAUUAAAGUUCUACUUGCAGACCAUGACCCUUCCUGAUGGCUCUGGGCAGCUGGGCCGAGGGGAGCUGAAAGAUUACAGAGACAGAUACCGGGAGCACGUGUGCUGCCUCGAGGAGACGCAAAAGGGAGGACUCAACGGCAGCGACAGCCAGCUGCUCUUGAUGGCCAACCCCAAGUCCGGGAGUUCAGAGCCUUGUCUUCCUCUGGAGGAGAUCACUGUUAAAGAUUUGUUUGGCUCAGGGGGAAAAUCCCCCAAAUCUACUGUGGUGCUUCAGGGGAAUGCUGGCACUGGAAAAACAACCCUGGCAAGAAAAAUGGUGCAGGACUGGGCCCCCGGUACUGUUGCAGGCCAAUUUGAUUCUGUCUUUUAUGUGAGCUGCAGGGCGGUGACUCUGCUGCCCAAAUGCGAGCUGACCCUGUUCCUCACUGGUGGUGUGGAGACGCUCAGGCUCCUGCUGGCCGUGGAUGGCUUUGAUGAGUUGCCGACGUCCUUCACCGGCAGGUCGAUGAGGCCAACGUGGAGUCCCCUGGAGAACCUGCUGCACCGUCUAAUCAGGAGAGAGAUUCAGGCCUCCCUCCUCAUCAUGACACGGCCCCAGGCGGUGGGAAAUCUGAGGUGCUCGCUAAAGGAAUCAUACCGUGUCCACGUUCUAGGGUUCUCUGAGGGGGAGAGGAGAAGGUAUUUCAGCUCCUACUUGACAGACGAGGAGCGAGAGAAACACCUUGACUUUGUACAAAGAAGUGACAUUUUCAACAAAUUGUGUCAGGUGCCUGGCUGUUGGAUGGUGUGUUCUUGGUUAAAGGGGCUGGCAGAAAGAGGCAGGGACGUCUCAGACAUACCCAGUAACGGCACUGACAUCUACACGAUUGUCUCCACCGUCUUGCCGCCCAAUGACAAUGAGGACUGCUUGGAGCUCUCGCGGCGGCACAGGGUCCUGAGGGGACUAUGCACCUUGGCAGCCGAGGGGACCCAGCCGCAGCAGCGUAUCCUAUUUGAAGAAGCUGACCUCAGGAAACACAAUGUAGAUGGGCUCAACCAUGCCACUUUCCUGCGCACCCUGGAUUACCAAGAGGGACAUGUCAUCAAAAAGUUCGACUGCUUCCGCCAUAUUGGCUUCCAGGAGUUUUUUUAAGCCAUGAUCCACCUGGUGAAGGAGGACCACGGCCAGCUAGGGAAGGCAGCCCGGGAACGGGAAAGGCUGCUGGAGACAAAGAACGAGCCUAUGGCCCUCAGUACGCAGUUUUUAUUGGCUGUAUUGAAACCUGAGGGCCCGGACUUGGAGGUAAAGCGCUGCCUCAAAAUUUCUUCCAGGACAGUGCAGGAUGUGAGGCAUUUUCAGAAACAACUGAAAUCCAUAAAGCCUAGCAGCAUUUGGGAGCUGGAAUCCUCCCUAGAACCUGGCGAAAGGGGUCCGGAUGAGUGGCGUGUCAGUUGCAUGGACUGA